CACUGCCUUUUUCUCCGCACGCAGCCGACAGCCACCCUUCUCCCCUUGCUUCCAACACAGCCGACAUGGGUAAGGACAUCUGCCACAAGCACGACAGGAAGAGGCGCCGCACCGCGCCCGUGUCGGAGGACCCCUACCUCCGCCUCCUCGUCCAGCUGUACCGCUUCCUUGUUCGCCGUACCAACUCCAGCUUCAACAAGGUUGUGCUGAAGCGCAUGUUCAUGAGCAAGAUCCACCGCCCACCAAUGUCGCUGUCCCGCAUCGUCCAGAACAUGAAGGGCCGUGAGCAGCUCAUUGCCGUCAUUGUCGGCACUGUCACAGAUGAUCCUCGUAUGCUCGAGCUCCCCAAGCUGACCGUGUGCGCUCUUCGCUUCAGCGAGACCGCCCGCAAGCGCAUCCUUGCUGCCGGUGGCGAGUGCCUCACAUUCGACCAGCUUGCUCUCCGCUCCCCCAAGGGCCAGAACACCGUCCUCAUGCAGGGUCCCCGCAAGGCUCGCGAGGCCGUCAAGCACUUUGGCCGUGCCCCUGGUCUCCCCGGCAGCCACGCUCGCCCUUACGUCCGCGCCAAGGGCCGCAAGUUCGAGAAGGCGCGUGGUCGCCGUACCUCCCGUGGCUUCAGGGCUUAAAGAAGAAGCUCGCGGGGCUGCGUCUGGAAAGUGUACUUGGCUCGUUGGUUCAUGGGGUGUGGUCGUUGGUUCCAUCGUCUCUUUACGUGUCUUUGUUGUGGUGGUGGUAGUGCUGUAUGCAUUGCGCCACAUUGCAUGCACGUGUUUGGUGAUGCCGUGCCGCCCACACCCGUUUUGUUCUCGACAAAUAUAAAGCGAACACCAAGCAACA